UUCCAACUAAUUGUAUUGACCAUGUCGAAUAUGAAGCUAAAUUUUCUGUCCGUUUUGAUUCAAAAUAUGCCUUGGAAUGCUUUGAUUCUUUUUUGGUUGAACGUCGCAAGGAAUGUGUUGAGAGACUAAAUGAAUUGGUUUUCUUUGCCCCAACUACGAAAAGCAAUAGGAGUAUCAUACACGGCCAAUUCAAAUAUAAUUUAAAAAAAAAAGAAGUAUGGCGCUGCUCCAAGAACCCAAUUAAGAUGUAUAAAUGCAAUGCUUAUUUAAGAGAAUUUCAAAAAAAUUACAUUUUGUGUGCUGAUCACACGUGCGAUUUGAUACAACGAUUGGAACAUGUUGAUCAGGAUCCUCCACCAAAUCUUGCAAUGAAAAAUUCUGGUAAACGUGUUUUUAUGGCUUGGGCUGAUGGACCUGGAUUAACUGACGGAGUGCUUGGCCGCCCAAAUAAAUUUACUGUUAGCUAUACAAAAAAUUUGGGAGGUGGAAAAUUAACCGUAUUAAUUGAUGGACCCAAAAAGGCUGAAGUUGGAACAGUACAACAUCUAAACGAAAACAAUUAUCAAGUCGAGUUCGUUCUUUUUUCGCUUAUACUAAUAAUUAGAACAAUUUCUAAAACUUUUCAAUUCAGAUACACAGUCCAGUCACCAGGUCUUUACACGAUUAAUGUUUGUUUUAUUGAUACUCCGAUCCUCGGAUCACCUUUUAAAUUGUUUGUGAAAGCUCCUCAAAUUAAUCAAACAAUUUCUUGCAUUCCUUCCACCUCUACAGAUGAACAACAACAUUAUGAUUAUUUGCCAGUGAGUAGUAGUAAAAUUGUUUUUAUUUUUAAUACUUAAUUUCGUGGCGCGAACUUUGCGGAACAAAAGCUGCAUGAGCUUGGUCCCCUUAAGGGUUUUAUAUUUUCAUGAAUAUGGGUCUCGACAUAAUGUUGUUUCUCUGGAAAAAUUUUGUGUUAGUCGACUCAGGCCGCUUUGCUAU